CAUUUCCAUGAGACAGUGAUCGAGACCCAAAUAAACAUCUUUGUGUUGCUAGCUGAAUGUUCCCAUUAACUAUGGAUGGCUUUGAGGAUUAGCGUCGUGAUCUGGAGGUGACAAUGAUUUCGGUCAGCUAUAUUCUGUUGUGCGGUCAGUUCCUGCUGCUGUUGACGGCCAUACUGUUACAAUGUUUGGAAGGAAUCCACUCCCAAAACUCGUCGACAACGGAGACUCCUGCUUCUUCUCCCGGUCCGGGUUCUACUGUGCUCCCGUCCAGCGAGCAACCCGACACUGUAAAAUAUGAAAUACCGGUGGAAAGUACCAACUAUACGGAGCUCUAUGAGUACAAACCCCCGUCACCUGUCGUCCUCUGCAGCUAUCUAAGACCGGAGGAGUUCAUCUACUGUCAAGACCCCGUGGAUCACGCAGGCAACCACACUGCCCAUCAGGAGAUGGAACGUGUUGGUUGCAUUGGUUGGGGUGGCCAGACCCAAAAAGAGGUGAACCUCACGCGGGUUAUCUGCACUGCACUUGAUGACAUAGAAUGUGCCGGACCCAGAGAGUUCCUCAGAGACAAUGUACCCUGCAUCAAAUACACUGGACAUUACUUCAUCACCACACUGCUGUAUUCCUUCUUCUUGGGCUGUUUCGGGGUUGAUCGUUUCUGCCUGGGCCACACUGGCACUGCGGUUGGGAAGCUACUCACCCUGGGAGGCCUGGGAAUCUGGUGGUUUGUGGACCUGAUUCUGCUCAUCACCGGCGGACUGAUGCCCAGCGAUUACAGUAACUGGUGCACAUACUACUGAGAGCAACAGCGAACCGUGACUGAGGACUCGGGCCACUUCUCAGUCUGAUAUUUAUCAGCCUAAUAAGGAGGACUCCAGGGACAUGGCCUCAGUCUGACUUGGCUCAUUACAAGUGGAAUCAGGGAUCUCCUGAGGGCUCCUCUGGGGUUCCCAGGAGCUCCAGUGAAAAAUGAGGAAUAAUUUGAUAACAUUAAAAUAAAUUCACUUCUUGGAGAACA